AUGGUAAUUAAUUAAUUAUAAAAUUAUUAAAAUAGUAGAUUUACCUAAAUUUUUAAUUUAUAUUUCCUUUAUAAAAAAUAAAUAUUGCUUUUUAAGACUACUUCUUAUUUAUUUAUAGAUCUCACCUUUAUCUUAAUGAAAUAAAUAAAAACUGACAAAAAGUUUAAUAAUAGGCCUAAUUCUCCUGGGAUUUAAUAGCAGAAAAAUGAAGAACUUAGCCCUUUUAGAGCGCAUCUUUAAAUGUAUCAACAGGAAGAAAGAGUUAAGUAUAAUUAUUUGAUGAAAGAAAAUUCAUUGGGUAAUCAGCUUUAUCGUAAUGAUAGCUUUUAAAGCGGAGCAUCUAGCCCUCAAAAUUAUAGAAAUAAAAUAUUUAACUUUUUUAGUAAAUCAUCUGGCAUGAAAUAAAAUAGAUCUUAUGAUAAAAUAAAACAAAAUGAAUAAUCCCUAAAUUAAGACAUCAUUCAAAAGAUUUAAGAUAAAUUUAAUAAUUAACUAGCAAAAUGCUCAAAUGACACUGAAUUAUCCGCAUAAUAAAAGUUAAAUAUUAGUAAAUUGUAGAACUUAAAUUCUGUGGGUAGAAGCACUUAUUAUCAUGAUUUUUAAGGAAGUAAAAGUUUUAUAAAUAGUAGAAUUAAUUGA